CAGAUGGAAUGCAAGCAAAAACAGACAAGAUAAGAUCUUCUCUGAAGAGUGUGAAAAAAGAUACAGGAAAACCAGAGAAACUUAAAUAUAAGCCACUCACUGGGAAGGUGUUUUACCUCGAUAUUCCAUCAAAUGUGAUCUCUGAAAAAAUAGGAAAGGACCUCAAAGAGCUAGGAGGGAGAGUGGAGAGUUUUCUUAGUAAAGAUAUCAGCUAUCUAGUGUCUAAUAAGAAGGAGGCAAAAUUUGCACCAACUCUUGGUCAGAUUUCUCCUGUUCCUAGCCCAGAAUCUGCACGUAAUGGGGGAAAUAGUUCGCCUCAUCCUAGCAACCAAAAAGAUCGACAUGACGGAAGUUCAUUUAAGAUGGCAGAUACAGUACGUAUGAGCAGAGGAAAAUCCUUAGUUGAAAAAGCAAUCAAAGAGCAG